AUGUAUCAGAAAACGUCACCGUGUUGGGGGGAAAAGGUUGCUGUUGCUGGCAUACAAAGUGAAGUAACGGAAUCACGAAUCAUCCAAUUCCUCCAGAACUCUCGUAGAAUCAUCGCUAGAUUGUUAAAACCCAUUAUCAUCCCGGAGGCUAAUCCGAGAUCCGUCUCCUCUGUUUCUCAAAUCCCCGGUCCCUUCCAAUGGCCGAAUCAUCCGUCUCCUUCCUCUGUACUAAAAGGGUGCUUGCAUACUCGCUCGUCUUCGUUCAGCUUGUUGAUCCCUAGCUCAAGCUUUUCCUCUGAAGCGGGAGAUCCUACAGUAACUGUGAAGGAACUGCAUGAUAAGAUUCUUGAAUCUGUAAAUGUCAAGAGAUCAAUGCCUCCAAAUGCUUGGCUGUGGUCGUUGAUUGAGAGCUGUCAGUGUCAGGAUGACAUUAAUCUUCUCUUUGAAGUUCUUCAGAAGCUCCGUAGAUUUAGACUAUCCAAUCUUGGAAUUCAUGAUAACUUCAAUAGCAAUCUAUGCCAACAAGUUGCUAAGACUUGUGUGCGUGUUGGUGCAAUUGACUCUGGAAAGAAGGCUUUGUGGAAACAUAAUGUUCUGGGUUUAACACCCAGUGUUGCGUCUGCACACCAUCUAUUGUCAUAUGAACUAGAGCACAAAAAUUCUGAACUCAUGGAAGAAGUAAUGACACUCCUGAAAAUUAAUGACCUGCCUCUCCAACCUGGUACAGCAGAUUUAGUUUUCAGAAUCUGUCAUGAUACAGAUAAGUGGGAUUUACAAGGAAAGUACUCAAAAAGGUUCUCCAAAGCUGGAGUUAAGUUGAGGACGACCACGUUCGAUGUAUGGAUGGACUUUGCUGCCAAUAGAGGGAAUACAGAGUCGUUGUGGAAAGUAGAUAAACUGAGAUCAGAGACAUACAAUCAGCACACUCUUUCUACUGCUUUUUCUUGUGCAAAUUAAGGGUUUUGUAAUUGAAAGUAAACCUGAAGAAGCUGCUGCCGUCAUCCAGCUUAUCUGCCAGGUGAGUCCAAAGCCUCGGCUCAAUAUUAUAUCCCUUCUUUUCAGAGAGUUUAGUUUUGCAAAGACGUGUUUGUCUUUCACUCUGCAUACAUGACAAAAAAUCAGUAGUGUCGACCGAAUUCAAGAAACUGGUCAAUGAGUGGCCUGUGGAGGUUAUCAGGCGCCAAGCUGAAGAAGAUAAGAAGGCUCUAGCUGAUUCAUUGAAGUCUGUCAUUCCGUCCAUGGUUAAUGCGUUGCUAAGCUCGGGUUUGAACGUGAGCAUGGACUUAGAUGAGUUAUACAAGAAAGAUGAUCUUCUCAGCUGAAUGUUUGAAUCAUCAUUUACAGAAAGCUUCGUUGCGGCGGCUCCACAGGUUUGGAAGUUUGUUUCUUUUGCACCGAAGUUUCGAUGUGAUCUUGUCCUUUUCACGGUGGCAACGUAGAGAAGGGAAAUAACAAAUUGGUGUUCAGUUUCUUACUUCUUACGGUAACUCUUUAGUCUUUUUUAUCCUUUGAACUUGACGCGGAAACAAGAUGAAUUGUCCCUUUAAUUUUUGUAACCAUUUCCUACUUGUCACGUUCA